UACACAAAGACCCUGAAUAUGGUUCUGCAGUCUUCAUUUCCGACUCAAGAAGACAUCAUUGAACAGACAGAAAGAUUACUUUUCAUAACUUAUCAGACAGAUCUGAAUAACUUGGAAUCUCUUGCUGAGGAUCUCAGAGAAAGAUUUCCUACUGCAGCUCCACCGGUUGAAUUUCUUUUGCAAAUCGAGUUGGACAAAAGCAUUGUCAGCAGUAACCCCUUCAGGAAGUCUUGUGACAGACUCAAUAGUCUUGUUGUGCAGCUUACCACCCUUAAAGAAGAUAGCCAACUUUUGAAAGCAGGAAGGGGUUUCUUGCUGUUAAGGAAUAAGAAUUUCACACAAGCAAGAGAUGUCCUUCAUGAUAUCAGCAGUAGUUGCAUUUGUGGUCUUUAUUUCUUGAGCCAGACGUAUCUAAGUCUUCACAUGUACCAGCAGUGCUUGGACACCUGUGACAAAGGUUUAGCAGCGUGCACAAGUUCCAAUCGCGUCUUGUGUGUCCCAACUUCUGAUGUGACUACAAUGUUCCAACUGAAGAAAGCACAAGCAUACAGAGGUAUUGGUACCAAAGAAGCUUUCUGUGCCAGUUUGGCAAUAUUAGAUGAGAUCCAGGAGAGGAAGCCAGAGGAGACACAUCUGGUCAGAGCUUAUGUCUAUCUUGAUCAAGGAAACAAAGAGGAAGCGCAGAGAUGUUUAGCACACCUGACAAGUGAUUCUCUACAAGUACAGUCUUUAAAAGCUGCUGUUCUUUUUGAAGCAAAGGAGUAUGAUAAAUCUUUGAAACUGUUACAGGACAUCUUGAAGGAGGAGCCGACAGAUCCAUAUGCUACUUUACUCUUAGGCAAAGUACUUUGGCAACUGAGGAAUUCAGAGGAAAUAGAAAAUGUCAGACAAGAAUGUUUUACAACUUUUCUGAAAGCAGCAAAACUGGAUCCUCUCAAUUAUGAAAGCUUCUUGUAUCUUGGUUAUUUCUACAAGUUUGUUCAACAAGACACUGUAAAAGCCAGGAGGUGCUUGCAGAAAGCUUAUGAUCUUAACCCAGGAAAGGAUGAAGUUGGAUGUGCUCUUGUUGAUAUUUUAGUGGAGCUUGAUGAAGAGGCUAAUUCUCUGAAGAUACUGGAGACAGUUACCAACCAGGCAGCUGCAGGAAGUGCCAAAUGGGCAUGGCUGAGACUUGGACUGUACCAGAUAAAACAUGAGAACCCAACAAUGGCUAUAAUGUCUUUACAGUCUGCACUACGAGCAGAUCCCACUGACUGCCAUAUCUGGGAGUGCCUUGCAGAUGCAUAUUUUCAACGUGGCAGUCUCACUGCUGCCCUUAAAGCCUUCACCAAAGCAUCUGAGCUGGACCCACAUUCACUUUACUGCCUGUAUCAGAUAGCGACCAUCAAACACACUCUUGGGUCGCAGUCUGAAGCCAUUCAGGAAUACAAAUACAUUCUGGAGAUGUCUCACAACUAUGUUCCUGCUCUCAAAGGUAUUGGAGAGAGUUUAAUUCAUUUGGCAAAGCAUAAUUUAAAUCAUUGCUUAGAUGGGCUUGCCAAAGACAAGUUUGAAGAGGCUCUCAUAUAUUUGACCAGGGCUGCAUCACAAAGACCAGAUUUAUCUUGCUUGUGGAAACUAAUGGGAGAUGCCGCAACAGUGACUUACUGUCUGUCUGCAGAAAGCUUUAGUAUACCCAGCAAGUUAGUUGACAAGGGAUCACAAGAUCACAGUAUGAAGAAUGUCACUAAAGCAGAGUUACUUCAGAUAGGAGCCAGAUGCUACAGUCAAGCUGUAAAGAUUCUCCAGGAGAGUGGAACCCUGUGGCAUGACUUAGGGGUCAAUCUUUAUUAUCAGAGUCAACUGACCAUUUACCAGGAAGAUACUGACAGACUGACCUUGCUGCAUAGAGCCACACAGGCAGUGAAACAAGCUGUCACUCUGGAACCCAAGGACUGGAAGCACUGGAACGUUCUUGGAGUCAUCGCAUGCAGUAGCUUGGAACACAAGCCUGCCCUAGCUCAACACUGUUUCAUAAGAUCCAUAGAAUGUGAAGCCAGCAAUGUUGUCGCUUGGACCAAUCUUGGAACUCUGUACUUAAGUAAAGGAGAGAUUCAGCUGGCUCAUGAUGCUUUCAAGACUGCUCAAAGUGUGGACCCAACCUACAUGGCAUGUUGGAUUGGUCAGGCCUUAAUAGCAGAGACAGUUGGGCAUGAAGAAGCCAUGGACUUGUUCCGCCAUACAACAGAGCUAGGAUUUCAUCCAGAAAGUGCCUGCGGAUAUGGUCAGUGGGUCUUGAGUGUUUUGGGUGACAGCAGCAAGAGGGACUCGGAGUUCUUUCAAUACUGCAUUCAUCAGAUGGCUGCAGUUCCUGCUGCUAGUGAUGCUUUGACAAGAUACACAGGCCGCAUCAAGACAAACCCUGUAGCAUACAACAUGCAGGGUCUUCUUUUUGAACACCAGAAUCUUCUGCGGUCUUCUUCAGAUGCUUUGCACAAUGCUUUAACAUUACUUGAGAAGAGUGAUCCUGGAAGCCAUAUCAGUGAUGUCCGGAUGAAUCUAGCACGGGUUCUGUGCAAACAAGGCAAAUAUGAGGCCUCAGUGAAGCAGUUUGAAAUGUGUGAUCUGAGUGUGAGCGUGGAGCACACCUGCUUGUAUGGUCUAGCACUGUUUAACUGUGGGCGGCUUGUGGACAGUUUUAAAGUGUACCAGCAUGCUCUAGAGCUGUUAGGAGACAGCCCAAAGACGUCUCAAGUGUAUUCAGCUCUAGGGAUGGUAGCAUACAAGCUGGGUGACAUGGAGGAAGCCAAAUCACAGCUGUUUGAUGGCUUUCAGACCACUCCACCGUCAUCUAAAGGUUUGCUAGCAUUAUGUGCCCUUGGCUUGCUGCAGCAGGAUCUAACUUUAGCCACUGCUGUGCUUGAGGAACUCUUCAGACAAGAAAGUCAGGGAAAGUACCUGAAGGAUAUACUUAUACUGCAGAUGUACAAAUUUAUAAUUGAGGGUGAUGCAGAGAAAGCUGAAGCUCAUGUAAGGCAAGCCCUGGAGACCGCUCCUUUUGAUGCUUCUCUGUGGUCCUUGCUUGCCGUUUUUCUUUUAAGACAGUACACAGAUCGUGGUGAAUCUGUUGCAGAGUAUGCUUUAUCUGCCCUGUCAGUUGAUGGGUCUGAUGAUAGGCAAACAGACAUGUUUCUACAUUGCCUUGGACAGCUGCUGGCUGGUCAGCAUCAUAGAGUACACGCUGACAGGAAUGCCCUGAAGACAGCCCAGAAGGCAUUUCACUCAAACCCAGGAUGCAAGUCAGCUUUGAGCACCUUAGCCUGUGCAGUCCACGCUGAAGCCGUAAUAAGGAGGUCGCUGACUGGUGGAACAGGCUUAUUCUCAGUUGAGAAGGGAUUACUAAAUGUACUCUGGGAGUCUGCAGAACUUAAUGAUGAGCUGAAACAGUGGUGUCUGCAACAGCUUAUAGUGAGCUGCAUUGAAGGAAGUGAUGUCAGCUCAGCACAGGCAUUCUUGAACAUUCUUCAAGACAACAGCCCAAUGGCUGGACAAGUGCAGGUAUUUGCCAGGGCUGUGGCCAUCUUCUUGUCCUCAACAGUGGAUGAGGAAGUGGAGAUGAAUGUGGCACAUAAGCUCCAGAUUUUGGUUGUGUGUAUGUUGCAUAUUCAUAAGAAAGAGUAUGGAGAGGCUGUUGAAUUCUUGCAGAAGUGUGUUGAACACAAUAAGAUACAGCAAAACACCAGCUUUAUGAGAAAUAUUUUGGAGAGGAUAAUUCAUGCAGCAUACACAGGCUUACAGGACCUACCAGAUAACUCAAGCCUGAAGGAGAGACUUGAUAGCACAGUAAAGUACAUCCAGGAGAAGAAAUUACCUUCUGCAAUAUCCUCACUCUUACAAGCAUUACUGGCCUUAGAGGAUAAUAAAAGGCUGGCUAAGCACUUACUGGCAACAGCACUGGAUCAGGUUGAUGCCAACAGAGAACUAGGACACUGUAGCUCUGUGGUGAGGCAAGCUCUGAUCACUCUGCUGUGGGGCUCAACAAAGGAAUCUGAUCAGCAGCUAAUUCAGGCUCUGAUGAAAGAUGCUCGCAUUAACAGGGACAACUUGACAUGUGAGGUCUAUGAGAAACUGAGCAACAAGUGA